AUGGCGCUAGCCAUUGCUUCCACUGCGCUUUCAAGCCUUCCAACCAGGGAAAUAGCAAGAAAAUCCCAGCCAGGAAAAUUACCUACAUGCUUACUGGGGAAAACUCGUUUGAAUGCAACAAAAGGGGUAUCAAGUAUUUGUGAACCGCUUCCGCCGGAUAGACCACUGUGGUUCCCUGGCAGUUCACCUCCUGAGUGGCUUGAUGGCAGUCUUCCAGGAGAUUUUGGCUUCGAUCCGCUGGGAUUAGGGUCUGAUCCAGAAUCACUGAAAUGGUUUGCACAAGCUGAGCUAAUCCAUGGCAGAUGGGCAAUGCUUGCGGUUGCGGGAAUUCUAAUUCCAGAAUGGCUUGAAAGCCUAGGCUUCAUUGACAACUUCUCUUGGUAUGAUGCUGGUGCCAGACAAUACUUUGCAGACCCAACAACCUUAUUUGUGGUGCAAUUAGCCCUGAUGGGUUGGGUCGAGGGUCGGAGAUGGGCUGAUAUGAUCAACCCCGGGUGCGUCGACGUUGAACCUUCAUUACCACAUAAGCAAAAACCAAAGCCUGAUGUUGGUUAUCCUGGUGGCAUAUGGUUUGAUCCCCUGAUGUGGGGAAGAGGGUCCCCAGAACCUGUGAUGGUGUUGAGGACCAAGGAGAUCAAGAAUGGGCGGCUUGCUAUGCUAGCUUUUGUUGGCUUUUGUUUCCAAGCAGUUUAUACUGGACAAGGGCCCGUUGAGAACUUGAUGGCUCACAUUGCUGAUCCUGGCCACUGCAACAUAUUUUCGCUUCCACAUACCAUGGAAUUGAGUGAUCAAAAUGUUGUUUCUUCUCUUGUUGGCAGGCCUUCACAUCACAGUGAUGCUGUGGCUAGAAGGCUGGAUGAGGCUCACUACAAUUGGCAUGCAGAUGCCAUCAAUAAACAAAAACAUGUGGUAGGAGGCUCUCACAACCAUCAAGUAUAG